AUGCCUGCCAUUGAAGAAAUACCAUAUCCUAAAGAUAUUAUGAGAGAAAGCGAGAGAGAUCUUGUCAAUUUAUUAGUUGUCGGCCCUUGCUGCAAUGGCUUGAUUUGUGUUCGUGAUUAUUUUGACUGCUGGUCUGACACUGAGUAUCAUUACUCCGAUUGUAAUAUGAUUUUGUGGAAUCCGUUAACCUCUGAUUAUAAAAUUAUACCAGAAUCUGAUGCUUGGAUUCGCCCCGAAUCUAGCGAUUUUAUUUCAUUGGAUAUAGCUGAAUUUGGAAUUGACAGAAAAACCAGAGACGAUAAGAUAUUCAAGUAUUUUACAGAUCGUUCGGGGAAAUGUCAUAUUACGGGUGCAAAUGGUGAAUUUCAUUGGUGGGAUACGGAUUUACAUAAUAAUUAUCGAAAUCAAAUUGUUUCUUUCGACUUGAGCGAUGAGAUAUUCAAAGCAGCACCCAUACCAGAUGCUUCAAGUAAGGUGUACUAUCAAUAUCACAUGAUUUUCACUAUAAGUGAUUAUGUCGCGUUGCUUCUUUCUCCUAAUUGUGAUUGCUUUAUAGAGCGCCUAGAUAUGUGGGUAAUGUUUGAAUAUGGAGUGGUGCAGUCAUGGUCUAAACUCUUUACGGUAUCCUUCUCUUCCCAUGUGGAGCGACCGUUAGGAUUGCUCAGAAACGGGGAGAUUUUUAUUGCGACCGUUAGGACUGCUGAGGAACGUGGGGAAUUACUUCUAUGGAACCCUUGUACGGAAGCAAUCAGCGAUAUUCUAGUAAAUGGAGUAGAGGAUUCCGUACAAAUUGUCACUUUCAACGGAGAAGUGAAUCAAGUUUGA